AUAGGAAGAAAGGUGAAGCGGCAGUCUUUUGGUUUUCAUACGAAUUUUACAACAGGCCAUAUUUAUGCUUCAACAACGUUAGCGGAGCGUUUCUGGCACAGGGGUGACUCAGAGCGACGCUCUUGGCUUUUCAUGCUUAUGAAUCAUUAGUAGCUUACAAGGCAAAAACGCAGCACAUACAGUUUAAUGAGAACUUCUGUGCCUAAAGCAUGGAGCAUUAACACCUUGGAUAUUUCGUGUUGCGGUUAAAUGUAUUCGUGAGGAGGUGUCAUAGGCCACAAUUAAAAGCCUCACAUGUUCCGUUUUACUCUCGCGUGGUUUGCUGUUCCGUCUGUCAGAAAGCACUGACCUUAAAGGACCACUUCGCCCUCGUCACUGACCCUGGAGACGUCACAAUAGACUCCGCUUUGUUUGGCGUGUCUCUCGCUCCCCUCUGCCCCGGGAACAUCUGGACCGAAAAGUCAUAUAAAGAGUUUAUAGAUUUACAGAAUUAAAGAGAAGGUUGAUGCGUAUUUCAUCAGAAAACACUGCCAUGCGUCACUUCAGUCUAAAUAUGAGCUUGGAAAAGUACUUGUGAGUACUCAGUGCCUACCUCAGAGAACCUUAGAGGGGCGGUGCUGCCUCCUCUUCUCCUCCCAGCUUCUGGCUCUCACAACCGGGAAGGCUGGCUCGGGGCGUGCGCUCUUGUUUGCAGCUCCCAAAAUUCUCAGAGGGGCGGGGGGCAAAGGGGGUGAGACAGCUAGACAGGAAGACAUAUCCAGAUCGAUGAGACCGAGGUAAAGAACCGCCAUCGAACUUCGCCGCAGAAGACUUUAUUCAGUCCACUUUUUUUCUUGCCAUCUUUAAGCCUCAUUACGCGCACUGAUCCCCUGCUCUCCAAACCAAGAAGAUGCCCAAAUCGUCACUGUGCGUAUUCCCACGGUCGUCCUUGUGGCUGGCAUCUCUGAUUACUUUGGUGGUGCAGUCGGUACUCUCUUCCUCCUACUCUUCUUCUUCUUACUCCUCUGCGUAUCAGACUCCUGUAGCCGGCGGGAAGCGGCCGGGCUUCAUGGAAAGGACGCUGGUUCUCCUGGACGUCAACACCCGCAGCCCGAUCAGAGUCCUCAACGACAACUUCCUUUCUUUGCAGCUGGACCCCUCGAUCAUCAAAGACGGUUGGCUGGAUUUUCUGAGCUCCAAGCGGCUCGUGACCCUAGCUCGCGGCCUGUCGCCUGCCUUUCUGCGCUUUGGCGGAAAACGAACCGAUUUCCUGCAGUUCAACAACCAGAAGAACCUCGCCAAGUUCAGAGGACCGGGGCCUGACUACUAUCUCAAGAACUACGAGGACGACAUAGUGCGCAGUGACAUUGCAUUGGACAAACAGAAGGGCUGUAAAGUGGCCAACCAUCCUGACAUAAUGCUGGAGCUGCAGAGGGAGAAGGCUGCCACGACGCAGCUCGUCCUGCUGAAAGAGCAGCUGUCCAACAUCUACAGCAACAUUACAAUAACAGCCAGGUCUUUAGACAAACUGUACAACUUUGCCGACUGUGCUGGUCUGCACCUGAUCCUGGGACUCAACGCGUUGCACAGAAACCCUGACAACUCCUGGAACACGUCCUCCACCUUGAGCCUCCUGAAGUAUAGCGCUGGCAAGAAGUACAACAUCUCCUGGGAGUUAGGCAACGAGCCUAAUGCAUAUCGCAGCAUGGUGGGUCGUGCGGUGAACAGCACCCAGUUGGCCCAGGACUACGUCAAACUGCGGACGCUGCUGCAGUCCGUGCGCUACUACCACCGAGGCCACCUCUUCGGCCCCAAUGCUGGACGACCCCGGAAGAACGCCAUCCUGCUGCUGGAUGGGUUCAUGAAGAACGCUGGCUCUGUUGUGGAUGCAGUUACGUGGCAACACUACUACAUGGAUGGCAGAGUGAAGAAAGCCGAGGACUUCCUAAAGACCCGUCUUUUGGACACACUGACAGAGCAGAUCAGUAAAGUCACCAAGGUUGUGAACACUCAUACUCCUGGUAAGAAGGUGUGGCUGAGUGGACUCGGGCCAGCCUGGGCAGGAGGCAUCAAUAAUCUCUCUGACACGUACGCUGCUGGCUUUCUGUGGGUGAACACUCUGGGGAUGGCCGCUGUGCAAGGAAUUGAUGUUGUCUUGCGCCACUCGUUCUUCGACUAUGGAUACACGCACCUCGUGGACCAGCACUUUAACCCUUUGCCUGAUUACUGGUUCUCUCUGGUCUUCAAGCGUCUGGUUGGUCCGAGGGUUUUAGCUGUGCGUGUGGCUGGACUGCAGAGGAAGCCCCAGCCGGGACGAGUCAUAAGAGACAAGCUACGCAUCUACGCUCACUGCACCAGCUACUACAAUCACAACUACGUCAGAGGCUCCAUAACAAUCUACAUCAUCAACCUGCAUCGGUCGCGAAAGAAAAUCAAGUUGGCCGGGACGUUACGGAACAAGACGGUUCAUCAGUACCUGCUGCAGCCCUACGGCACUGAUGGACUCAGAGCCAGACACGUCCAGCUGAACGGGGACAAGCUGCUCAUGGUGGACAACGAGACGUUCCCGGAGUUGAAGCCCAAGACGCUGAGGGCUGGACGGACUAUAGCCAUGCCUCCCAUGACGAUAGGCUUUUAUGUCAUCAAGAACAUUAACGCGUACGCCUGUCGAAGAUAACAUUGACCCCUCGCUCCCGAGAUGCAGGUGCGAUGUCUGUGAGACCGCCAGUGACUCAGCGGGACUAAGAGUGGACACUUGAAUACAGCACAAAUCUCUGGUUAGACAACUGUCUCCUCACACUGAAACGGUUAUUUCAGUGAUAAUACUUAAACCUCUCCCCCAAGUACGGAACAAACCCAGUCCUUCAUUGUUCUCUUCUCCGAUCCAGCAAAGACUUGCCCGAGACGCGUAUAAAGGGCUGCACUGAACACUUUCCAUUCAUCAUCACCAGCAAUCCCUCAAAAGACUUGUAUGGACAGAGACGGGGCCUGUUGCGCUUUGGGUUUUGUACUUGCUUGAAAUGCAAUAUCAAAAAAAGGCCUCGUUCUUUUAUUUGAUUAAGCUAUAUGUUCCUCUGUUGGAUUGUCAAACCUGGAGUUCGUUAUUUCCAAGGGAGUUCCCCCCCCCCGAAUCUUUCACUGACCAACAGACAACCAAGAAAGAAAGGACUGAGAAAAGGCCGCAUUUCUGAAGCAUACACAAGUCAGCUUCAGUUUGACUUGAUCCUUUCCACAAAGAGAGAAAAAAAAAAAGCCAUGGUGUGUCCAUGUGCCGUGUGUGUGUGUGUGUGUGUGGUUGCGUGUGGUUGUGUGAUUUACUGAUAAAGCUACUGAUGUGUCUGUUCAGUCUGUUGGACGUGCCGCUGAAAGUAUCCUUUUCUUCCCUUGUGGCUAAAAACUGACCAUCUGUUUUCCUUUAAGGGCUGUUUUUGUGCGUUUUGUGUACCUUUGUGCUGCAGCGUAUGACAGCCAGGUUGCGUUGCUGGUACUGCGACACGCAGCUUAAACACAGUGUGAACCCGUCCGUCACGUUGUCCCAUCAAAACCUGGGUUUCACCAUAGAUUCAAAAACCCGUCUUUCAGGUGUACUUUAACAUAUCUUACUGUCUCUCCCGUGUGGUCUUUUUAGUAAUCCUUUAAUGCUGCUAGGUUUCUUUUGUACUAAAUAUACUUUAUAUAUUUUACAUUAUUUUGUACAGAUUUACUGUCAUAUAUUAUUAGAUAAUGUAUUGUACAUACAGAAAGAGUGAUGAAAAAAGUGAUUUAAGCUAUAUGUUUACUUACAUACAGUAUACAUCUAAUUUAUACGAUAAAAUACUUCUUUAUAUUUGUAUUUUAAAAGUUAUUUUAGUGGUACUAAUGUCCCAAACUAAUGCAAAAAGGUUUAUAAGAAUGUAUUCACAGGAUAACAGGAAGUGGCUGCGAAUGGUGGUGGGUCCAAAUGAUUGGCAAAAAGUGCAGACAUCUAAAAACGAGUUUAUGGUCUGCACCUACUAAUAUUUUAACCAUCUUAUUUAAAGAACAAGGGCUCGUUAUUCGCUAGGCUACGACCGAGCUGCGAGUAAAAACUUUGCCCGAAGAGAUUUAGACAUGUUACUUAUUGUGUGCACCGAAUAGACAUGACUAGUAACCUACGUGAUAAACGAGAGCGGGUUUGGUGUCUGAACGUGUUGAAUAUAAAGAAUAUUUCUCCUCUGAAUGUGUUUAUAAUUGAAGUAGAGAUGUUCAUAUUUCUUUCGGAGAGCAUUAUUUUAAUAUGUAAAGUGUGCCUAUAUUAUUUUUUUCUACAAAAAAAAUAAAAGUUUACAUUGAUAAUAAACAUCUACAAAUACCCGA